AUGGAUUUGGCCAACCAUGGACUUAUUCUCCUGCAACAGUUAAACGCUCAGCGAGAGUUUGGUUUCCUGUGUGACUGCACGGUUGCCAUCGGCGAUGUGUACUUCAAGGCACACAAAUCAGUUCUUGCUUCAUUCUCCAAUUACUUUAAGAUGUUGUUUGUCCAUCAGACCAGUGAGUGUGUCCGUUUGAAACCAACUGACAUACAGCCAGAUAUUUUCAGCUAUCUCUUGCAUUUGAUGUACACUGGCAAGAUGGCACCUCAACUGAUUGAUCCUGUUCGAUUAGAGCAGGGAAUCAAGUUUCUGCACGCCUACCCACUGAUCCAGGAAGCCAGCCUGGCCAGCCAAGGAGCCUUUUCUCAUCCCGACCAAGUCUUCCCCCUGGCCUCUUCCCUGUAUGGCAUUCAGAUUGCAGAUCACCAGUUGAGACAAGCCACCAAGCUUGCCUCCGCCCCCGAGAAGCUCGGGCGGGAACCCCGGCCACAGCCGCCCAGGAUGAGCCAGGAGCAGGUGCCUGAGGCCUCCCAGCUCUCGCAGCUGACUUCAAACCUGGCCCAGGUGACUCGGACGCACCUGACUCCCUCGGACCCCCUGCAGACCUCACUGUCUCCAGAACUCGUGUCCACUCCUGUGCCCCCCCCUCCCCCCGGCGAGGAGACAAAUCUGGAAGCCUCUUCCUCGGACGAGCAGCCGGCACCCCUCACCAUAGCCCACGUCAAGCCGAGCAUCAUGAAGAGGAACGGGAGCUUCCCGAAGUACUACGCCUGCCACCUGUGCGGCCGGCGCUUCACACUGCGGAGCAGUUUGCGGGAACACCUCCAGAUCCACACGGGGGUCCCGUUCACGGCCGGCCAGCCGGGAGAAAGCCGGGCGCCCCUGUCUCUUUGUAGCAACGCGGCCGACCUGGGGAAGGACGCCAUGGAGGUGCCCGAGGCCGGGAUGGUCAGUGACAGUGAGCUGCCGCACAUCUCCGACUCCCCCAUCAUCGACGGGCAGCAGCACUCGGAAACGCCGCCGCCCUCCGACAUCGCGGACAUCGACAACCUGGAGCAGGCCGACCAAGAGCGCGAGGUCAAGCGGCGCAAGUACGAGUGCACCAUCUGCGGCCUCAAGUUCAUCCAGAAGAGCCACUGGCGGGAACACAUGUACAUACACACCGGCAAGCCCUUCAAAUGCAGCACGUGUGACAAGAGCUUUUGCAGGGCCAACCAGGCUGCCCGGCACGUGUGCCUCAAUCAGAGCAUCGACACCUACACCAUGGUGGACAAACAGACUCUGGAGCUCUGCACGUUUGAGGAAGGCAGUCAGAUGGACAACAUGUUGGUCCAGACCAACAAACCCUACAAAUGCAACUUGUGUGACAAAACGUUCUCGACUCCCAAUGAGGUGGUUAAACAUUCGUGCCAAAACCAGAACUCGGACGUUUUUGCCCUGGACGAGGGGCGGUCCAUUCUCCUGGGCAGCGGGGACUCCGAAGUCACGGAACCUGACCACCCGGUGUUAGCUUCCAUCAAAAAGGAACAGGAAACAGUGUUGUUAGACUGA